CUUCAGCGUGCAUAAUGACCUGUCAGCAGUCACCCAUUUUCGGACGCCCGCAUUUUCUUGGUCAUAUAAAGAGUCGAAGCACCAUCUCCAUGAAAACGAGUGUUUGCGACGGAUAUAUGUCUAUCGGUUCCUCUCAGAAAAACCAAAGGCUGCAUAACCCGGGCUUAUCACCUCAUAGCAAUGAUUCAGACGGCUCUGUGACUACUAUCCUAGAGACCCUUCCAUGGUAGAUAAUGGGAAUAUGAUCACAAAUGGACUACUCGGCUAUGAUGAUCUCUGUGUGCGGAGUCCAGGCCACAGACACGGUGCCAGACAAGUAGCCCGGCCCAGACCAGCAAAUCUUACUCUUUUGGCUGCGUACCUUCGUUCAACGAAUGAAAAGAAUCCUCAUGAUAAACACCAUCUUUCACACGCAAAUUAUCAUGACAAGCAGGAUCCACUGCGUAAGCUUCACGAUAUACCUAUAGUCCCACCCAUGAUACCAUUCCAUCACAGAAAGCAACGAGGACAUGCCAGUUUUCGUUGCGAUGGAUUCAACGCAACCAGCGCGAUCAUGAUCUUGGACGAGUUUUGCGAGACGGUGGGCGAGCGGUUUGGAGCGGAGCAUCAAUGCUCGGCCCCCACUGGCCCCCACCAGCCUAGGCGACGCGCUAGCAGCAGAAGGGGUUAUCACCAGUCGAUCUUAUUGGCCUUCUCGAGUACGUUCAGUUAUCAUAUCCUGGCUACCCACCCCCUCAUCACCAUGUGUCAGGCACCAGGCUGAGCAAUUGAACAAGGUCUGUAAUGCUGCGCCAUCUUGGCCGUCAUUCAAAAACCCGCAACUGUAUACAAAUUACUCAAUUACCCGCCUCUCAAACAGGAUCAGAUACUGCCAGCACGCUAGCGCCGCUUGGGGCACAUUUCAUACAACCGUCGCUCAGCCGCGUGUUAGUCCAGUGGGACGGCUUUAAUAUACCUAAAAGCCUAGCCAUCUUUCUCCUAGCAGGAUA